AUGGCUUUCGCCGUUCUUUUCCUUCUCUUCCUUUCCGUCCCUUUCUCCUCAGCAAAACUCAACCCCGACUACUACAGCGCCACGUGUCCCGACUUCGCCAAAAUCGUGAGGGAUCAAGUCUUCACGAAGCAGAGCGUGGUCCCGGCCACCGCGGCCGGCGUGCUCCGCCUCUUCUUCCACGACUGCAUCACAGACGGCUGUGAUGCCUCGAUCUUUAUAUCGUCAAACGCUUACACCCCCCACGCAGAGCGUGAUGCUGACCUGAACCUGUCCCUCUCCGGCGACGCCUUCGACCUCGUCAUCAAGAUCAAGAAUUUGUUGGAGCUGACAUGCCCCGGCGUAGUGUCUUGCUCGGAUAUCAUUGCACAGGCCACCCGAGACCUCAUCAAGAUGGUCGGCGGCCCUUAUUUUCCGGUCCGGUUAGGGCGGAAAGAUAGCCUCAACUCAGACGCAUCUAAAGUUCCUGCUAGCCUUCCAACCCCAACCAUGACCAUGGAUGAUAUAAUUAACAAGUUUGCUGCAAGGAAGUUCACAGUAAGGGAAAUGGUGGCAUUGACCGGAGCACACACCAUUGGGUUCACACACUGCAAGGAAUUCGCCAACAGAAUCUUCAACUUCAGCCCAACCUCCCAAGUAGACCCAACCCUCCACCCUAAGUUCGCGGAGGGUCUAAGACACGUGUGCUGGAACUACACAAAGGACCCAUCAAUGUCUGCAUUCAACGAUCCAAGAUCACCAAGCAAGUUCGACAACGCCUACUUCGGCAACGUUCUCAAGGGUCUAGGCUUGUUGAGAAGCGACUACCUUCUUGGUGCUGACCCAAGAACAAGGCCCAUUGUGGAGGAGUAUGCUAAGAAUGAACAAGCCUUCUUCAGAGACUUUGCUAAGGCCAUGGAGAAGCUUGCUGUUUUGGGUGUCAAGACUGGUAAUGCUGGAGAGAUCAGGAGUAGGUGUGACCAGUUCAACCACAUUCCUGCUUAAUUCAAUUUUUCUUUCUUCUUCUCGCGCGCCCCACAAUUGUUGUAAAUUCGAUUUUGUUUCUGGGUAUUCAGUACACGCAUAUUUAACUAUGAGCCUACUGAAUGUACGAAACAAAAGUCGAAAAUAUAUUUAAGUUAUUAUAUAUUGCUAAAG